AUGAAAGCAAGAUUUAUAUUGAUCUCAUUGAUAUCUCUUUUGAGUAUUGCUUCUCUCUACUUAAUUUCAUCUAACCCUGCUAAUUAAUAUCAAAAUUUAUAGAAAACACCAAAGUGUUUCAGUUUUGAUGGCUAAUUAAUUCCAGAUCCUCCCACUUUCGAACACCCUGAAGUUGAAGUUGGCUUUUUUGCUUAAAAUAGGUGCAGUUAAAGUAUGAGAUUUAAGUUUAUUUCAUCUAAAGUAUAAGAAGAAACAGUUUGCCUUAAAUAAUAUGAAGAUGAUCUUAUUCAUAUGUUUUUUGAUAAUAACGUAAGUGUUGUUGAAGAAAGAUGUUGA